GACAUUUCCAGUUGAGCGGUACAAACAACAUGAAGUUUUUUAUUGCUUUCGCUCUGACCUUGGCCACCGUUUCCGCCGAGCCACUUUACCAACGUAAAGUUGUUGUGCCCGUAGUUGGGGGCAGUGAUGGUCGUAUAACCAAUGGCAACGAUGCCAAGGUUGGCCAAUUCCCCUAUCAGGUUGGUCUCUCCUUGCAAGUUAAUCCGAAUGCCGCUGCCUGGUGCGGUGGUUCCUUAAUUGGCAAAGAAUGGGUUUUGACUGCUGCUCACUGUACCGAUGGAGUAAUGGUCGUUAAUGUGUAUUUGGGAUCCACAGUCCGUACUUCCCCAGCUCUCACUCAUAUCGUAUUUAGCCAGAACAUCAUUGUGCAUAGUGGUUGGAACCCCAAGAAUGUAAGAAACGACAUUUCCUUGAUCAAGAUCCCCGCUACCACCUUCACCGCCAAUAUCCAACCCGUCAAAUUACCGGCCAUUGCCAACUCCUACCCUACCUACACCGGUGAAAAUGUCAUUGCCUCAGGUUGGGGCCAGACCUCUGAUGCAGUCUUGGGUGUUACUACCGAUUUGCAAUGGGCCCGUAUGCAAGUCGUUGCCAACAAAGUUUGCGCUGCCACCUAUGGCAACUCUAUUGUCGUUUCAUCUAACAUUUGCGUCUCCACCCCCGGUGGUGUGUCCCCUUGCAACGGCGACUCUGGCGGCCCAUUGGUUCUGGAAUCCACCAAAGUUCAAAUUGGUUUGACUUCUUUCGGCACAGCUGAUGGCUGUGAAAAGGGUUAUCCUGCAGCCUUCACCCGUCUCACCAGCUAUUUGGAUUGGAUUAAGGCUAAUACUGGCAUCUCUUACUAGAGCAAAACUUACACUCCUGAUGGAAAUCGACAAUAAAACAUAUCAUCAAACACUGUUAUAGUAAAAA